UAACAUCAACUGUCUAACAUAUUAUUUAUUAUCCCUUGGAGUGUGUUAGUGUUCAAAAUGUACCAUAAUAUGAAAAAUGAAAAUGCUUAAAAUUUAAACCCUAUGAGUGCUAUUAUUACUUCAGGUUACACCAUAGUUAUAAUUUAUAAAUAGUAUAUAAGUAUAUCGCAAUUUAAAACACUUCAUUAAAUAGAAAAAUAAUAUUUUAAGUUUGUUACGAUGGAUAUAAUUCAAGAAGGCGAUUGCGCUGUGUGUAUGUUAAAGUACAAUCAUCCAGCAAAGCUUCCCUGUGAUCAUAUUUUUUGUUUUCUUUGCAUCAAGGGUGUAUUUUUAAGAAGUCACACAUGUCCAAUGUGUCGUACACCAAUACCUGAGGACUAUCUGGAUAAUCCACAGCUCUUAAAUGAAAUACUGGAUGAAAAAACUGAAAGUGAUGAAUAUGUUGAUAAUAAAUUUUGGUGGUAUUAUGAGGGUCAAGAUGGUUGGUGGAGUUAUGAUGAAAGAAGUAAUGAAGAUAUAGAAUCAGAUUUUAAUGAUGGAAAAAGUGAGUGUAAAUUACUAGUUGCGGGUGCAGUUUACUGUGUAGACUUUACCCAGAUGAUACAAUACAGGCAAAGUGAUCCACGCAGAAAAAGAAAAGUUAAGAGGGAUACCCACACUCAUCCAUCUAAAGGAAUAGCAGGAAUUCUUAAAGUUUGCCCAAAGCAAAAAGAUUUGAAUGCUGAGAAUAUUACUGCAAACAUUCUGGAUGAUGAUACUGAUAGUGUUCAUAUUCAAGAAAAUGGAGAUGACAUUGAUCAUGUGUCUCAAAUUUUAAGAUCUUUGUCAAUACAGGAACCGGAAUUGCCAACUGGUAGUUCUAAUACAGAAGAUACAUGAAAUUAUGAAGAUAUAGUUUUUAUUUAAUUUUAACCUACAUUAGUUAUUAUUAGUUGAUUAAAGAAAUUAGGGGAGCAAUGCAUUGUUCUUAGUAACUUUUACACUGAACAUGCAAGAACUUUUAUGAAAUAAAGUACUUAUAAUUUUGAAUUAAUAUAAACUUAAGUCAACUGUUUAUUUUGCAAGAUUGCACUGAGAGUAGGUGUUCAUGUUAAGUGACGCCGCCGCCUAUAGCUACACUGA